AUGUCCAAACAAAUCAUCUACACCACCCCACCCUCCCCAGCCAUCGACCCCUCUCUAGAAACAGGAACUUUCCGCCUAAACACAGUCCCCAUCCCCAAAGAUGUGCCCGCCGACAAGCUGCUCGUGCGCGCACACUACCUCUCCCUCGACCCAGCCAUGCGCCAAUGGCUAACUGCCAAACGCUCGUACAUCGCGCCCGUCGAGCAAGGCGCCGUCAUGCGCGGCCAGAGCAUCGCCCAGGUUAUCACUGUCGGCAGCGCCCUGGCGUCAAAGUACACAGCCGGCGACUGGGUCGUCGCUUACUCCGGCUGGCAGGAGUAUGCACUGGUCGGCGCCAAGGAAGCAGAGAAGGUCGUCGUGCCGCCUGGCGGCCGCCCCACCGAUGCCAUGUCUGUGCUGGGCAUGACGGGCCUCACGGCGUACUUUGGUAUGGUGGAGGUUGGGCGGCCGAAGCCUGGUGAUACGGUUGUUGUUUCUGGGGCUGCUGGUGCGACCGGCAUGGUUGCCGGUCAGAUUGCGAAGAUUAAGGGUGCGAAGAGGGUUGUUGGGUUGGCGGGGUCGAAGGAGAAAUGUGAUUUCCUGGUUAAGGAGCUUGGAUUUGACUCUGCGGUUAAUUAUAAGGAUGCGGAUUGGAGAAAGCAGUUGAAGGAGGCCACGCCUGAGUAUAUUGAUGUUUUCUUUGAUAAUACUGGUGGUGAGAUUCUGGAUGCUUGUUUGGCGAGGGCUGCGAAGGACUCGCGCUUUGCUAUCUGCGGUGCUAUCAGUCAGUAUAAUGCAGCUAAGCCGCAGGGCCCGGCGAGCUUUAUGAGUGUUAUUUCUCAACGGAUCACCAUGAAGGGUUUCAUUGUCUUUGACUUUGCGAAGCAGUACCCUGCUGCACUGAAGGAGCUGGCCUCCUGGUUGUCGGAGGGUAAGCUCAAGCGCAAGGAGCACAUCGUGCCUGGUGGCUUGGAGGCUGCACCCAAGGCUCUCAUUGAUCUCUAUGCCGGUGCCAACACCGGUAAGAUGAUGGUCGAAGUGGCUCCUAUCUCUGAGGCGUUGCCUGUGAAGGCCAAGCUAUGA